AUCACGUGACCAAGAGCUGACGUGUGCAGAAGUCCCUCUUGUUCUGGUCGUUGUUCCGUCUGAGUACCAGCUCCCCACUGCCCUGCGGGAUAGCGGGCUUGUUACAGAGGCAAGAACGAAAGGGAGCAGGAAAUUGUCCCGGAUCCUGGAAGUGGGUCUGAGCCUCUCCCAGGUUUCCAGUCUUUACGUAGUUUGUGGCACUACGCCAGGCAAGUAAAGAGGAAGGAAAAUAACCCUGAUUGGUGAAGGUCGAUUUGAGGCAGGUCUGCUGUAGCAGGUGGCACCACUUGAAGCAAGGGAGGAAGUUUCCUCAGAUCAGUAGAGGUCACAAGGGUUAUUGGGUGUGGCACAACUCCAGGGGAGGGAAGAAGGGGCAGACUGCCUGUCUGGAGGAGGUUCACCUCCAGUAUCACGCAUUGUGGCCUUGAAGUGGCUGAAGACAAUAUCCUUCUACAGGCCAGCACCCAGGCCCACAGUUUUCCCCAAGACUGAGUGACUACUCUGUUCCUUGGUCCCUACUAUUGUCAGGGACGAUUGCAUGGGCUACACCAGGAAAGUAGGCUGGGUGACUGCAGGACUGGUGAUCGGGGCUGGUGCCUGCUAUUGCAUUUAUAGACUGGCCUGGGGAAGAAAACAGAACAAAGAGAAAAUGGCUGAGGGUGGGCCUGGGGAUGUAGAUGAUGUUGGGGACUGCCCUGGGGCCAGGUACAAUGACUGGUCUGAUGAUGAUGAUGAUGACAACAGUGAGAACAAGAGUAUAGUAUGGUACCCACCUUGGGCCCGGAUUGGGACUGAGGCUGGGACCAGAGCUAGGGCCAGGGCAAGGGCAAGGGCUACCCGCGCUCGACGAGCUGUUCAGAAACGGGCUUCCCCCAACUCAGAUGAUACUAUUUUGUCCCCUCAAGAGCUGCAAAAAGUUCUUUGCUUGGUUGAGAUGUCAGAAAAGCCUUAUAUUCUUGAAGCAGCUUUAAUUGCUCUAGGCAACAAUGCUGCUUAUGCAUUUAACAGAGAUAUUAUUCGUGAUCUAGGUGGUCUCCCAAUUGUUGCAAAGAUUCUUAAUACUCGGGAUCCCAUCGUUAAGGAAAAGGCUUUAAUUGUCCUGAAUAACCUGAGUGUGAAUGCUGAAAAUCAGCGCAGGCUUAAGAUAUACAUGAAUCAAGUGUGUGAUGACACAAUCACUUCUCGCUUGAAUUCAUCUGUGCAGCUGGCUGGACUAAGAUUACUUACGAAUAUGACUGUUACUAAUGAGUAUCAGCACAUGCUUGCUAAUUCCAUUUCGGACUUUUUUCGUUUAUUUUCGGCAGGAAAUGAAGAAACCAAAUUUCAGGUUUUGAAACUCCUUUUGAAUUUGGCUGAAAAUCCAGCCAUGACUAGAGAACUUCUCAGGGCCCAAGUACCAUCUUCACUGGGUCCCCUCUUUAAUAACAAGGAGAACAAAGAGAUUAUUCUGAAACUUCUGGUCAUAUUUGAGAAUAUAAAUGACAAUUUUAAAUGGGAAGAAAAUGAACCUACUCAGAAUCAUUUCAAUGAAGGUUCACUUUUUUUCUUUUUAAAAGAAUUUCAGGUAUGUGCUGAUAAGAUUCUGGGGAUAGAAAGUCACCAUGAUUUUUUGGUGAAAGUAAAAGUUGGAAAAUUCAUAGCUAAACUGGCUGAGCAUAUGUUCCCAAACAGCCAGGAAUAACUUCUUGAUUUUGUAGUUUAAAAGCAGCACACCUUGUAAACUGUUCCUUUUCUCCAUCUUGUUGAUAUGGUAAAGGAAUCCUUCCAGCUACCAAUUUUGAGUAAUGAAUAUCAUAUUGUAUCAUAAAUGCUGAUAUUUAUCUGAGUUGGUUAAGUCUAAGCUGGGUGAAUGAAUGUCACUACAUGUUCUGAAAACAUGUUUGUUGUUUUUUAUCUCACUGCCUCCAUUGAAAUAUUUUUACUAUUUCUUCUGAAUAAGUGACAGUGAACCAAUUCAUCCUAAGUAAGCUCCCUCCUGUCAUUUGCAUUGACUUCAUUUGUGUAUCAUCAAUAAAAUUGUGUGUUAAUGCUAGAAAGAAAA